GCGUCGCCGUCUCUUGCCCUCCCCGGGCCGCGCGGCCGGAGCUGGCACGGAGGAGCGGCGGCCGCGGCGGCAUCGCGGCCUGGGGACGCCAGCUUUCCGCUGGACUCGGCGCCCGCGAGAGCGCCCAUCGCGCGGGCAAGUGUCUCCCGCGGUGCGGGGCUGCCCGGAGCGUCCCGGCAUUACCCGAGGGCGGGCGUGUCCUCGCGGCGCGGGGCGGGGGACCUGAACGGGGCCGCAGCCUGUUGGAGCGCGGGGGGGUGCCCUGCCCCGAGCGCGGGGAGCUCUGCGGGGGACGGCGCGGCCCGGCUCCCUGUGCGGAGCAGUUUUCUCGAACUCAACACCUCCUCCUUACUGGGGCCCAGCGCUGCCGGGAGACCCCGUCCACAUCUGCAGAAGAAAGGAGUGUCAUGAAAAAGGAACAGAAAAGAACCGUCACUUUUGGUGAGAGGGGAGUUUUCUUUCCCAGUUGGUGGUUACUUCAUGAUUGGAAAAGAAGUACCUAGGUGGCUGAAGAGAUUAGAUUUUUAUAGUUGUACAGAUGAAGCUGAUAAAAGAAGACAUGAAAAUACUUUCUCUGGCUCAUAAUGGGCGAUGAAUAAGUAAGCCUGAACAAAACAGACUUGAAAUGAGAGCAGAGAUUUUGAUUUUUAAAAACCAAAUAGGACUUUGAACACUUGUUGAGGGUGUUCUUUUCUCAAAAAUGGAAGAAGAAAAAAUUUUCAAAGCAAAAGUGUAAAAAGUGGAAGUAACAACCAAGUCGACUUCAAGAAUUUCAGUACAUCAUCGACUCCUUUGGGCAAACACAGACAGAAGCAUCCCACAUGUGGGUGAUUUUAUCACUAGAGAUGGUUUCCUAUCCUAGGAACAACUUUUUAAUUCGGAUUCUGGAGUGCUUAUUCUUUUUCUUUUUCUUUUUUUCCAAUGUGUGUUUUGACUCUUCAUGUUAGAUAGAUUUAUGUAAAGGAAGGAAAUCUUGAAUUCAUAAUAUGUUUGACGAUUUCACUGUUUGCUGUGUGCUAUGGAAACAUUAGAGGUUUUAACAUUCCUUGAAGUUUUAUUGGAAGCAAAUCUGUGUCAGGGACACAGAUAGACAGUGUAAGUUUUCUUUUUUUGGCAGCCCAACUUGCUUUGAAUGAACUGAAUGUUAGCUGGAUUUCACAGCAUAUAUGAUUUACAGUCUUUGUGUUAUCAAGGCCUUAAAUGUAUGUUUUAUCCUAGGCAGAUGGGAAAUACAUUGAGCACUGUGUUUGACAUGCAUGCCUAAGGAAGGGAACUCCCCGAUGGAUCAUGGCGUUAAUGUUUACAGGACAUUUCUUAUUUUUAGCAUCAGUGAUGUUUGCUUUCUCUACUUUUGAGGAAUCUGUAAGCAAUUACUCUGACUGGGCAGUUUUCACAGAUGAUAUAGAUCCGUUUAAGACGCAGAAAGUGCAAGACUUCAAACCGAAUCAAAAGCCGAAGAAAAGUAUGCUUCAUCCAAGUUUAUAUUUUGAUGCUGGAGAAAUCCAGGCAAUGAGACAAAAGUCUCGUACAAGCCAUCUGCAUCUCUUUAGAGCUAUCAGAAGUGCAGUAACUGUUAUGCUGUCCAACCCCACGUACUACCUACCUCCACCCAAGCAUGCUGAUUUUGCUGCCAAGUGGAAUGAAAUUUAUGGUAACAAUCUGCCUCCUUUAGCAUUGUACUGUUUGUUAUGUCCAGAAGACAAAGUUGCCUUUGAGUUUGUCUUGGAAUAUAUGGACAGGAUGGUUGGCUACAAAGACUGGCUAGUUGAGAAUGCACCAGGGGAUGAGGUUCCAGUUGGCCAUUCCUUAACGGGUUUUGCCACUGCCUUUGAUUUUUUGUAUAACUUACUAGAUGAUCAUCGAAGACAAAAAUACCUGGAAAAAAUAUGGGCUGUUACUGAGGAAAUGUAUGAGUAUUCCAAGGUCCGUUCAUGGGGCAAACAACUUCUCCAUAAUCACCAAGCUACGAACAUGAUAGCAUUACUCACCGGGGCUUUGGUGACUGGGGUAGAUAAAGGAUCUAAAGCAAAUAUAUGGAAACAGGUUGUAGUAGAUGUGAUGGAAAAGACAAUGUUUCUGUUGAAUCACAUUGUUGAUGGUUCCUUGGAUGAAGGUGUGGCCUAUGGAAGCUACACAGCUAAAUCAGUCACACAGUAUGUCUUUCUAGCCCAGCGUCAUUUUAAUAUCAACAACUUGGAUAAUAACUGGUUAAAAAUGCACUUUUGGUUCUAUUAUGCCACCCUUUUACCAGGCUUCCAAAGAACUGUGGGUAUAGCAGAUUCCAAUUAUAAUUGGUUUUAUGGUCCAGAGAGCCAGUUAGUUUUUUUAGAUAAGUUUAUCUUAAAGAAUGGAGCUGGGAAUUGGUUAGCUCAGCAAAUUAGAAGGCACCGACCUAAAGAUGGACCAAUGGUCCCCUCCACUGCCCAGAGGUGGAGUACUCUUCAUACUGAGUUCAUCUGGUAUGAUCCCCAGCUCACCCCACAGCCUCCUGCUGAAUAUGGUACUGCAAAAAUGCACACAUUCCCUAACUGGGGUGUUGUCACCUAUGGGGCUGGGUUGCCAUAUUCACAGACCAAUACCUUUGUGUCUUUUAAAUCUGGGAAGCUAGGGGGGCGAGCAGUGUAUGACAUAGUUCACUUUCAGCCAUACUCCUGGAUUGAUGGGUGGAGAAGCUUUAACCCAGGACAUGAACAUCCAGAUCAGAACUCAUUUACUUUUGCCCCCAAUGGGCAAGUAUUUGUUUCUGAAGCUCUCUAUGGACCCAAGCUGAGCUACCUUAACAACGUACUGGUGUUUGCUCCAUCACCCACAAGCCAGUGUAAUAAGCCCUGGGAAGGUCAACUGGGAGAAUGUGCACAGUGGCUCAAGUGGACCGGUGAGGAGGCUGGUGAUGCGGCAGGGGAAAUCAUUACUGCCUCUCAACAUGGAGAAAUGAUAUUUGUGAGUGGGGAAGCUGUGUCUGCUUACUCUUCAGCAAUGAAGCUGAAAAGUGUGUACCGUGCUUUGCUUCUCUUAAAUUCUCAAACUUUGCUAGUUGUUGAUCACGUUGAGAGGCAAGACAAUUCCCCAAUAAAAUCUGUCAGUGCCUUCUUUCAUAAUCUGGACAUUGAUUUUAAGUACAUCCCGUAUAGGUUUAUGAACAGGUACAAUGGCGCCAUGAUGGAUGUGUGGGAUGCCCACUACAGAAUGUUCUGGUUUGAUCAUCGUGGCAAUAGUCCCACUGCUAGUAUACAAGAAGCAGAGCAAGCUGCUGAAUUUAAGAAACGGUGGACUCAAUUUGUUAAUGUUACAUUUCAGAUGGAAUCCACAAUCACAAGAAUUGCCUAUGUCUUUUAUGGGCCAUAUGUCAAUGUUUCCAGCUGCAGAUUUAUUGAUGAUUCCAAUUCUGGACUUCAGAUUUCUCUCAAUGUCAAUAAUACUGAACAUGUUGUGUCCGUUGUAACUGACUACCAUAACCUGAAGACAAGAUUCGAUUACCUGGGUUUUGGUGGCUUUGCCAAUGUGGCUGACCAGAGCCAAGUAACCCGAUUUGGUUUGGGCACUCAAGCAAUAGCAAAGCCCAUAAGACAAGAUAGGGUUAUUUUCCCCUUUGGAUUUAAAUUUAAUAUAGCAGUUGGGUUGAUUUUGUGCAUUAGCUUGGUGGUUUUAACCUUUCAGUGGCGGUUUUACCUUUCUUUUAGAAAACUAAUGCGGUGGAUCCUAAUCCUUGUUAUUGCCUUGUGGUUUAUUGAGCUGCUGGAUGUGUGGAGCACUUGCACGCAGCCCCUCUGUGCAAAAUGGGCAAAGACAGAGGCUGAGGCAAGCCCAAAGUCUUUGUCUUCCGAAGGGCACCACCUCGAUCUUCCUGAUGUCGUCAUUACCUCACUUCCUGGUUCAGGAGCUGAAAUUCUCAAACAACUUUUUUUCAACAGUAGUGAUUUUCUCUACAUCAGAGUUCCUACAACCUACAUCGAUAUUCCUGAAACCGAAUUUGAAAUUGGCUCAUUUGUAGAUGCCUGUGAAUGGAAGGCAUCAGAUAUCCACAGUGUGCAUUUCCGUUUACUCCGAGGCUGGUUGCAGUCCUUAGUUCAAGACACGAAACUACAUUUGCAAAACAUCCAUCUGCAUGAACCCAGUAGGGGUAAACUGGCCCAAUAUUUUACAGCAAAUAAGGACAAAAAAAGAAAAUUGAAAAGGAGAGAGUCUUUGCCAGAACAAAAAAGUAGAAUGAAAGGCACCUUUGAUAGAGAUGCCGAAUACAUUAGGGCUUUGAGGAGACACCUGGUCUAUUACCCAAGCGCGCGUCCUGUGCUCAGCUUAAGCAGCGGGAGCUGGACCUUAAAGCUUCAUUUUUUCCAAGAAGUUUUAGGAGCUUCUAUGAGGGCAUUGUACAUAGUAAGGGACCCUCGGGCAUGGAUUUAUUCAAUGCUGUACAGUAGUAAACCAAGUCUCUACUCUUUGAAAAAUGUACCAGAGCACUUAGCUAAAUUGUUUAAAGUAGAGGGAGGUAAAGGCAAAUGUAACUUAAAUUCAGGCUAUGCUGUCGAGUAUGAAUCAUUGAGGAAAGAAUUAUCAAAAUCCAAGUCCAGUGCAGUCUCCCUGUUGUCUCAUUUGUGGCUAGCAAACACAGCAGCAGCCCUGAGAAUAAACACAGAUUUGCUGCCUACCAGCUACCAGCUAAUCAAGUUUGAAGAUAUUGUACAUUUUCCUCAGAAAACCACUGAAAGGAUUUUUGCCUUUCUUGGGAUACCUUUGUCUCCUGCUAGUUUAAACCAAAUAUUGUUUGCCACCUCCACAAACCUUUUCUAUCUUCCCUAUGAAGGGGAAAUAUCACCAACUAAUACUAAUGUUUGGAAACAGAACUUGCCUAGAGAUGAAAUUAAACUGAUUGAGAACAUCUGCUGGACACUGAUGGAGCGUCUAGGAUAUCCAAAGUUUAUGGACUAAAUGCUGCCGGUCAGCAGGAAUUUGCACUAAUACUUUGCAACCUGGUUUGUGGAUGUGAAGAGUUUGUUUAUUCUUGUACUGUGUGUGUGUGUGUGUGCGUGCGCGCGCGUUUUCAGUUUGUUACUUGCACAGAGAUUAUUUUAAAAAUAGGCACCAUAUUUGGCCUAGCAGGAUUUAUUUUUAUGUCACUACUUUCCUUGCCUUUGUUUCUGAAUUUUUUUUUCUGCGGAAAUGUUCCUGCUACAGAGGCGUAGUUGAAGUUAUAUGAUGGCGGUCCGGAGGUAAGAAGAUUUUACAGGUUUUUGUCUAGCCAUCUCCCUCGUCUGUAACUGUGCUGAUCUAUCUUGGAACCUCAAACACUGCUAAAGGCCUUUCAAUUGCUGCUUUGCCCAAGCAUCUCUUGCUUUCAAGAUGGACUACAAAAGUUCCUUAUCUUUUUUAAAAGAUCUUCUAACACAUUUAUCUUGCACCAAAAAAAAAAAAAAAAGGUUUUUUUUUUUUUCCCCCCGUGUAUAAUGUUCAGUGAUACCACUGGGGAAAAUGGUGAAAGCUCCUAUCAGAACUAUAGAAUUCCUUCUGGAAAAUACAGAUGGAAAUACAGAAUGAACAUUUUUUUUGAGGUCCGCAACAGUGACCUGAAAGGCCUCUUUAAAGUUUUUUACUUAGAAGUAAUAAGGAGUCAGUCUUUGAACAAUCUGGGUACCAAGGGCUGGUAGAGUAUUUUAGACUUACUUGUCUGUUUAAAACUCUCUUUCUUGCCUCCUUGAAGCUACAGCUGUUCCCAUCACACCACUCACCCACCCUGUCUUUUCUGUCACUGUCAUGCAAAACAAUCCAUUGUUACUAAUUGUUGAAGUCCCGGACAUUUGUGGGGACUUUUCCUCCUGAUGAUUAAUUUUGCAUUAAAGCCUGACACUUAGAAUCAAAUUUCUUUUUGUGGAAUUAUCACUGUAUGACUCAGAGAAGGCAGUGCCACGCUUGCUGCCAGUGUUUUUUUAGACUGGAAACCGAAUUGGAAAACUGCCUGACUUCGCCUGCAUCCCUUUGAAUGAGUUUACAGACUGCCAGUGUCUGCAAAAGUUAAAGGCAAAUGGGAGAUGAUGUCAGAGGCAUCUGUUUCCUUUACCAUCUGCAUCUUAUUAUAAAUGUAGUCGUCAUAAAAUGUGGUUCAUUUUAUUUUGGUAGGCUCUGAAAUCAAAAUGCUAUGCCAUUAUAAGCCAGUGGAGUAAUUACAAUGCAUUGGAUGAAAACCAUUAGGCAGUGUCAAGACCUGAUGAAAAUCUGUAUGGAUUGCAGUCUCCCUGACGUUUCAAACUGCAGUUUCCCCAAGCUCUCGAACACUUGGGAGUCUGUCAUCCUGACCUAGAUAAAAGUGGUUCUUUCUCAGUAGUUUGUUAUUAUGUCAAAAUGUGCCUCCAGAGUGAUAAAGCUGUGGGUAUGUUACAUUCCAGCUAAACCUAACUUGGCUGUCAUUUUUCUUCCAUAAGAGUGUGAAUGCAGACUGCUCCUCCUCCCUAGACCUACUUCCUUCCCACCGCUCUCCCUGCUUUCUCUCUGCAGUGUCCAAAUGAAUGAAAUCGUGUGGUGUUAAUAUAGGUUGAGAGGGCAGCCGAUGACCUGAAUCUACCCCGUAUUCUCAAGGAAGGUUAUUCUACUUGUCUCAGGGUUAUCAACAAGCAUGUAAAAUUGCUACAUGGAUGACAACACUCUUUCCAUUACUGGUCAUUGUCUCAGUGUUUGCUUUCAAUUCCCAGGAUGCGUGAUCUCAAAUCAGAUCAAAUCAAAAGGCUUUGGGUUGGCAGUAAUAGCAGGUCUGACCAACGUAAGAAUUGCACGCACUGUACCACUGACUUUUAACAUUGUGGAAACCCGCCCCCCCCCCACGGGGAAGCAGAGCAGCAGGUGGCGAAUGUGGAAGAAAUGGAGGAGAGGUGGGGAAAACAAAAAAGAGAGUUGUGUGAAUGAGCAUGCGAACAUGUUACUGAUAGCUCAAGAAAGGGACAUAUUUACCAAAGUGAUCUUCACAGUGUGUCCUAACGUUCACCCCCACACAGCAAUGCCAAGAUGAAUUUCCCUGGCACUGUACUCACCCACCCCCACCCCAAGGGAAGGUCUGCUGGAAGAGACCUCUACUUGCAGAUUCCCCCAUGAGGAAUGUUAUGGGUGAAGGACGACCCAGCUGUUGGGUCUGCAUGCAGAUGUUCAUGCUUGGGACCCCUUGCCUUAUUAACCAUAACACCUGACGUGACUAACUCCCAGAACAUCGGGUCCUGCAUCCUUAGGCUGUUAGCUUCUGAAAAAUUCAAAGAGCCUCCACACUUCAUCUUAUUCUUGUCAUCUUGGAAAAUGAUUAAAGGGAUGAUUGUCACUAUGUGACACUUCUAAAGGAAACACCUGUCCUAUCUGUAAAAUUAACCCCUUUCUUUAUUAAAUUCCCUAAACUUAGGCCUAAUUGGGAUAAAAACUGUUAUUAAAAUAAUAGAAUUUAAGUCUGGAAAUAAAAAAGACAAUUGUGCUGACAAGAGUAACAAAUGCAGUGGUGAUAUGGUUCUCAAAAGUUUGAAAAAAUGCAAAUUACUUAGGAUGAAAGAAAAAGGCCAUAUCUAGAAUUGAGUUUACUGUAAUGAAUUUCUGGAGAGGAUAGGAAGGGGGAGAUUUUCUUCAGGACAAGCAAGAUGAAUUUAUGAAUAUGCUUAAAUUUAAUUGAUAGAAACCCAGAGUCACAAGUUUUAAGCAAAUGACAAGAAAAUGUACAUAUUAGGCAAGCGCCUGUUAAUAAAGGUCUUAAAUUAAAAAAAAAAUACGUAUUAGCUCUAGACCCCAACUAUUAGGCAUUUGAUUGGUUGUCUUUUUAAACCAACAGGAAAGAAUUAGUAAAUGCCUGAUAAGAACAGGAUGUUCAACUCCUAGGCAAUGGCAGACGACUUGCCACAAAACCUUCAGCAAAUGUAUUCAAAGCAGCAGCUCCCCUCCGCCCACACUAGUGCAUCUUAAAAAUUUUCCUUUUGUGGAAAUGUUAUCCCUUUGCCACUUACUUUUGAUUAACAUUGUUUAUUAGCACUUUUGGGUGCAUCAUUGAAGAUCCCAGCCAUUCUUGAUAUGUAAAGGAUAUCCAAUUAAUCUGUGAGUAGACAUUAGCAGUGGUUUUAAAUCAGUGUGUUUGAUUGUCUUGAUUAACUGAUGAUAAUUAGAAAAAUAUUCACUGAUUAAUUUAGGAAAAAUGUAAAUAGAAGGCAUUAAAGUACAUAAAUACCAUAUCCAGAGGUAAGGAUGCCUAAUAUAGGAUAUGUCAAGGAAUUUAAUAUGUGGGCUAUUUACUGCUUAUUUAAAUGUUAGCUAAAGCAUGUCUAAUGUGUAAAAAAAAAAUGUUUGCUAAGGCAAUUUCUUCCAUUAUCUGACCGGUGUCAUUAUUCCCUUCAUGUUGGCAGAAAAAUUCAAAUAAUAUUGUAAGAACCAAAUUACUGAAGUUUUGCACAAAGGAUGAUAGGAACUUCGAACAAUAGAUUCUAACAUUCUCUAAUUUGUAGAUGCUUGAGCUAUAAUUUAUAUGAGCUUGCAUUUAUUUAGUCCACAUAACGUAUACAUAUUUAAUUCUGUUUCCAAAGAUGGUUCAGCUAAGGCUUCCGAACCAUAGAGAGUUUCAUUUUUGUUUUUGUUUUGUUUUUCUUUCACACUUACACAGUUAGUGUGAGAGAAAAGAUAGACUGAAGAUCAUAAACUAGCUUAUUGGAACUAUAUGUAUAACAAGACUCCACUAUUAAUAAAUAAAAUGCUAAAAGCAACUUGGCUAUUGUUGGGAUAAUUUUGUAAUAGCUCUCUUUGGAUCUUCAGGUAACUGAGGAUUUUAUGUGGAGCUGAGAAGGCAGGCACUUGAAAUGGGGGGCACACUGAAUACUGACAUUCAGCCUAAGAAUUUCAGCUACAAAAUUUGCUCCCUUCAGUGAUGAGUUAGCCUCUCUCCCCCUAACUUAAUCUCAGUUCUGUCUCUGACUUGGACUCAUUUCAGUCUUCUGCAUACAUCAUCCCACUUACUAAAUGGCAAGAACAUCCCCUGUGCUAGGCACCUGUGCUCUAGUCCCUGCUGCCAUCGGUAAGAUCGUCGUGCUGCAUGACACGUUACUCGUAAAGAAGGUUACUUGGGACCCUCUAAGUUUGGUGCACAGCAUUGGCACAGGGAAAACUUUUAUUUUUAAAGAGAAGGAUCUACAGUGAAUUAGUCCAAUGUGUUACCCAUUGAAUCAUAAGGUUUUUAUAUGUCUCGUGAUAAUCCUCACAACAAUUCUAUACGGUACUUACUUUACAAAUAAAUUUGAAACCCCUAUUAUCUCUAUAGGAAAUACAUUUUUGUAAGGGAAUUUUUAGUGGAUUUACAAUACAUCAGUUCAUUUAUUCACUAUGCUUUUUUGGUAUCUACUAUUGAGAUACUGACUAGUGUGAGGGAAGAACAGAAAAAUCAGUUGACUGACCCUGCUGUGUGAGGAGUUAGCAGUCUUUCCAGACCUCAAAGUGGAUAGGAAUUCAUCAAGAAGUGGAGAAGGGGGGCAUGCCAGUUAGUGAUUACCACCCAAGGAAAGACACCAAAAACUAUUGUCUGUUUUGCAGGAGACAUGGUUUGUUUAUUUCUGAAAUGGUGGUUGUGAGGAAAGAGAGUCAUUUAUUGAGCUAGAGAAGUUAUGCUUGGUAAACUUGGAUGGAGAUCACCACCUAUUUUUUUUUUUCUGAAGUAGGUUUUGGCUCUGGUUGUCAUAGGACAUCCCAUUAAUAAGUAGCUUUUCCAAAGGGGUAGUGCAAAUGGAACAAAACCAACACUUACUCUCUCCCCAUUCCCACUGACUCAACUAGCCCAACACUAAGAAAUUUGGUGGUAGGUGAAUAUCAAGAGAUGUUUGGAAGAUAAAAGAAAAUGUGACUAUGGUCUGACUGGUGUGCAUACAGAUCAUUGCUAGUAAUGACAGAAAGAUAACACCAUGUUUUUCAUCCAGAGUCCAGCUGGCCAAUAGCAUCUUUCCCUGUCCCUCCUCUCUGAGUGCCUCCAGACCCAGAGUGCCAGGCACAGCUAUCAAUACUGGGAAUGCAAUAAGGAGAAAAAUCUAUGGCACUGACAGUCUGGUGGGGACUAGAAAGAAACACAUUUUGCAUUUCACAAUGUUUCUAGCUCAAAAGAGUCUGCACCAAAUGGCAGUGCCUACUCGCGUCAAAUCUGUGACUACAAUCAAAUAUAGCCAAAUAGAAUUCACUUUAGGAAAAAAAAA